UUGCCUCAGCUCGUGUGGAGUAGUAAACAGGAGCCUGGGAGAGGAGUCGCUUCUGCUGCUCGCCGCAUCAAAUCCAGCUCGUUAUCCAUCCCAGAAACGUUCACAGUGUUUUCAGGAGUGUGAUAUUUUCAGUGGGACUUAAAAUGCGCGGAUAUGUCGUUAUUUUAACCACGGGUUUGCUUUUAUUAACCUAGUACUGCAACGUGAGGUUGAAAAAAGCUCAGGGAUGCUGCAUGGUAAGCAGAGGCUGCAGCAUUGACUUGGCUUUAUCUUUAUAAGUACUAAAUGUAAUUAGGUUUGUAAUUAGUCUGUAUCCAGACAAGUCCAGCUUCUCGGUUGGAGAGUUCCCCUGGAGAACUACAGCUUAAUCGAUGUUGAUCGAAUGGGCCCAGUUAGGACUCAUCCUCAUCUUCAUCUUCAUCCUCAACCUCGUCAACGCACAGCCACGACGCUCCUGCCUCCGCUAAUAUCGAACCGUAAUAUCAUCCCGUCCUAAAUGAAAAAUAAGCCAUUCCUUGUUAAACCAUCAUGGGAGAAAGCGUUCGGAAAGAAACCCAGAACGUACUGCAAAAGCCACACCAGGAUCAUCGCCAACCCUGGCCUGGUCAUCAAAGUGCUUCGUCGGAAGAAGAUUGUCGUGUUUCUUGCCUACUUUAUACUUGUGGCGCUGACCAUGCUGAACCUGGCUAACUACAAAUGGGCCAAAGAGUCUCAGCCGUGCAGCCUCCAGGUGAGCGAUAACGUGAACUUCCAGAACAGACCAAACUUUCACUUCCUUUACAAGACCCCGCAGGUGAGAAAGCGGCAACUCGUCUACGUGUUAACCACAUGGCGCUCGGGCUCGUCCUUCUUCGGCGAACUUUUUAACCAAAACCCUGGAGUGUUCUUUUUGUACGAACCAUUGUGGCACAUUUGGCAGAAACUCUACCCUGGAGAUGCAUUGUCACUCCAAGGAGCAGAGAGGGACAUGCUUAGUGCUCUGUACAGGUGUGAUUUCUCAGUUUUUCAGUUGUACAACACUCAAGCUGGGAAGAAUAUAACCACUCUAGAUGUCUUUGGUGCCCCACUUAAUAAAGUCAUCUGCUCCUAUCCCCUUUGCUCAUUCUAUAGAAAGGAUGUGGUGGGAAUGGUGGACGAAAAAGUGUGUAAGAAGUGUCCACGUCAGAGCCUUCCAGCAUUGGAGGAGCAGUGCCGAAAAUAUGACACCGUCGUGAUUAAAGGAGUACGCGUUUUGGACAUAAAUGUCUUGGCUCCUUUGAUAGAGGACCCCUCGCUCAAUCUGAAAGUGGUCCACUUGGUGCGGGACCCACGAGCCAUGGCCAACUCCAGAAUUAGAUCCAAGCAUGGCCUGAUUCGGGAGAACCUGCAAGUGAUGCGGAGCAGGAACCCGAAGAUGCGGCGUGUGCCGAUGGUUGACCCGAACCAUAAAGCUGGCAGGAAGGAUGUUUCAGACUACCACGCCAUCGGAGCCAUGGAGGUGAUUUGCGAGCACAUGUCCAAGACUCUGAAAACGGCACUCAGCAAUCCUCGCUGGCUCAAAGGGAAGUACAUUAUGGUGCGAUACGAGGACUUGGUGGAAAACCCAGUCAGGACCUUAAAGCGUGUUUACCACUUUGUAAACCUGACAGCCAGUCGCGACAUGGAAGCUUUUGUCGUGAACAUGACUAGUGGCCACAGUAACUCUGCCAAACCUUUUCAAGUUUCGUCCAGGAAUGCGACCGUUGCCGCUAGCACGUGGAGAACUGUGCUCACCCUCCAACAGAUUCGGCAGGUGGAGGACUACUGCCGUCAUGCCAUGUCUAUUCUUGGAUAUGUACGUGUUCGCACGUUGUGGGAGGUGAAGGACCUGAGCAGGAGUUUAUUAACUUUACCCAAGCUCUGAAACUCUGUGGUGACCAAAGAAAAUGCAAUUGCAUCAUGGCUUACACUAAUUCGAGAUACAUUGGUACAUUGGAAGACAUCGGAAAUGCAUUGUGAGUUUGCACUUCGAAUUGAGUGUGGUAGACUUUUUGAUAUGGUGUGAAUGUUUGGAUACUAGGACUGGAACCAUUUGACCACAACUGACCAAAAAGACAAAAAAAUACCUUGUAUUUGGUGUCUGAUUUACCAUUUAAGCUGUGCCAAGAUGUAAACUCAGAAAACUGAGAUUGCUUUAUAACAAGCACAGCUUUGGAGCUUUCUUCUUUUCCGUAGACAAUCUUUCUUUCUAUUGGAACAGAAAGCUUCUGAUACAUUUCACAGUAAUGUGUGGGUGAUGCCCCAAGACUUUUGGGCUUCACACACACGUCUGAAGGAGUGGAAAUGUACUGAAUUGUGGGAAAUUCACCAUAUUGACUCUAUGCUUUCUGAUAUAAAUAUUUAACGAUGCAGGGUAUAUUUUUUAGGAAUGUUUCAGACUACUAUUCUACUGGAGCUUUGGGGUUUCUGGUCACAGCAAUUAAUGUGAACUUAUUUCUGGUUAUGGUUUGAAAUAAUGAGAAACUUAAUGAGAUGAAGUGCCUUGUUUGGAAAAAAAAACAAUGAAAGCCAUGAAAAAAAACCCUCACAAUUCUCUUUCUUUCGUCAUCAUACACUUUCACCCAAAAUCUGGUUAUGGAUGCAUCUAAUCAAGGUUUUUCUGCGUUUGCAUUGACGAAAACAAGAAAGCUGUAUAUCCUUUUCUUUAAACCCCUUCAUCUUGAUUAUAUACUCGAGUACAGGUCAUGUGGUGUUUAAAAAUAGCAAGUGAUGCUGCUGAAACGAGAUCAUUUUAACAAACUGUUUCCUGCUUGUAUCACAAAAAUCCCUCUUAAUGUAGUCCUUCAUCCCAAAAAAAAAAUCUGACUCUAGUAACUGAAGAAAGUAAGGAGAUUAGGUUUGCUCCUCAGGGACGCCCUGGCUUCAGAGUCUUGCAGGAUUCACAAAAGUAGUGAAGUAUGUCACGGAAAUAGUACGAAUAGCAGCAGCGCUAAAUAGGGACACAGUAUUCAGGGAGGAUGUUAAGUGGACACAGAGGGACCUCAGAUGGGGACCUGAUGGCUCUCAGAGCGAAGCCUUGGCAACUGCUCUGGCUUCCUGCCAUCUCUUCUCUUCCACUCCACUGUUUAUCUCUCUCUCUCUCUCAGUCUCUCUAUUAUAAAUCAGAGGAAGAGUGUGAGAGUUUAAAAUGACAUCUGGCUAAUUAAUUAUUUCUUUUUUUUAUCAUGGAUUUGUCAAAAGAGCGACAAGAGCCCAGCUUGUUUAGUUUUUCUGGGAAAAAAAACAUAACAGCCUCCGAUUCGAGGUCUCAGUCCUCAGCGCUACACUCAAUCACAUUUGCAUUUGCUCUUUUACAUUAUGUUUAGCUAAGCAAACGUUUACAUGCUGAAUGAUGACCUGUUUUAAUGUGUGCGGGAAUGAGGCAACAUAGUGUACCGAUGUUCUGUGUGUGUUUUAUUUUGGGGCGAAUACAAUAAUUAUAAUCAAAGUCCGUAAUUCGGAAAAGGAGGAAACAGGCGAAGGGCAAAGCCAGGAAGUACCCUGAGACACAGCACUUUGAAAACAAGGCUUGGACAAUUACAAUAACAAUAAUACACAAAAGUAACCAGAAACAGCAGGAUAGGACUAGACUCAAAACAUGAAUACAUAGCCUUGUAAAUGUAAUAUGUUAAUGCAGUGCUUGUCAUGCUUGUAUGAUUAAUAUAGUUACAGAUCAUUUAGACAUAGCGUUCACAAUUUUUUUUUUGUCCCUUUGCCACUGUGAUAUGACGCUUUUCUUUUUUUUUCUUUCAGCUAAAACUGCAGUCAAACCAAAUGCAAAUAAAAUUCCACUGAAAGGGAAAGGACUUACAGAGUGAAAUAUGGACGUUUGCAUUUAACAGCCACAAUGCAUUUAAAUGGCAUUUAAAAAAAAAUGUAAGAAUUCUUCGUAUUCUCAGGUCACCGUAGUGCGCACGCAUUUCUGAUGUAUGAACAUUAUCCACUCCAUAAUCCUCCUUUGCAAUAUGUCUUAUGUCAAUAUGACAUGUCACACUUUCCAUUUGUUUGCCACAGAAUAUAUUUGUGGAAAAUGAUAUUUAAUUCCAAUUUAAUUCCACGGACUGUUUUUAAACUAGCCUAAAAAAAAAAAAGCCACCCUCGGACUUGCUUUUUCUACCUAAGACCUUGUUCCCUAUUUUCCCCAUGCUAGGUGUGAAAAUCAGAACCAUGGCAACUCUAGUCUGGUGAGAUUCUUUGACACGAACAAAUGUGGACGAGCUGCAUUUUUUAUUACUAUUUUCAUACUGUCUAUCUCUGCUAUUUAUAUUUUGUCUCCAUCUGAAAAAAAAAAAAAAAAUGCUGUCUCCUCCACUAGCAUAGAGUAUACUAUUUUUUUGUAGGAAUGGAAACAGGUUAGAAGGCUUUCACGUGGACAGAAACCAGUGUUAUCAGCCACUCCAUCUGAUUUAUUCAGAAACAUUCCAUGACACUGAGCUGUUCCUGAAAUAAUAUCUCCGCUUUGACAUUUCUCGACACGUUUCAUCAUCCUGAUCAUUGAAAAAAAGACGGUUUGCCAAGCUCCUCCCCCACAAUGCUGCGGGAUGUUUUAGAUUUCAGCCAGUGUGAAAGUCGUCAAGUUGAAAAAGAUGUGUAUCUAGGGGUAAAAGUUGAGAGGGAUCAAUCCGGACCGAGCAAAAGCAGACAAAUGACAAUGAACUGAAUCGGGCCAGUAUUAGACGUCAAUGGACGUCUUUCAGUCGGUGUUCGCUGGGAAAACUCCAGGAAUCCCCAGCAGGUUACUGAAGAGUUGGCAAAAGUGAUUUUCAGCAAAACUGAAAGAAAAAAAAAAAAACGAGGAGCUCAUUCACACACAAUCAGCAGUUUGUCACGAGAAGCACAGUGUGCUUUGUGCUGUGUGCAAACAGGUAUUGCUGAACAAAAGUACAAAACCUUCUAAGCUUCGGCCACAAAUCACACACGCCCAAUUUUCCUAAUAGUUCAAAGAACUGCACGUGAACUGCGCCAUAAUUCAGCUUGGUGGAAUUUUUGACUUUUACUUACUGACUGUUAGAAAACGCCGACACUAGAGACUCCUUCCAAUAACCUCCUUAAAGAAAAUAUCAUUAUUCUCAAGUUUAUACGUUCUAAUACGUUAUCGUUUCUAUAGUAACAGCUCAAUCACAGAGACUUGCAUGGUGAACGCUCCACAUAAUCUAAGGCUAAUAAAAAAUGUAAAAAAAGAUUAACAUGCUAUUUAGCAAAGAAAAAUGUAUAAUCGUUGAUAUCGUGAUGUUUUUUGCAAGAGGAUGUUUAACUUUUAUGGAAAGAGUCUCCAGGGUCAUUGCUUCAUUACAGUCAGUAAUCUUACGUUAUCUUGUAAGCUACGACUUAAAUAGCUAACUGUUAGCUACGUAAUAGGCUACAAUGGUGCAAAGUUACGAUGUAACUUUUCUAUCAACAGUAUCUAUGUAUUUGUUUCAAUUAUACGCCAGCUCCUAGGAGGAGGAACGUCUCUAAACACAAUAUGUUGGCCAUCUGCACA